AUGUCUUUAGAUAAUACAGGAUGGAGCAAACCAAAAUCUCAAAGAGAUAGCGACGAUGGAACAGGAUUUGAAGGCGAAAACGACUUGGAACCUUUAGUGAUAGACAGAGGUCCAUUUUUCGAGAAAACAGCUUCGAAAAAUGUAACCGCCCUCGUUGGAAAGACGACAUAUUUGAACUGUCGUGUAAGAAAUCUUGGGAAUAGAACGGUGACAUGGAUUCGUCAUAGAGACCUUCAUUUAUUAACGGUUGGGAGAUCGACAUAUACCUCAGAUCAGAGGUUUACUUGUAUUCACAAACCGAUGACUGAAGAUUGGACGUUGCAAAUUCGUUAUCCACAACGUAAGGAUAGCGGGAUUUAUGAAUGCCAAGUUGGCACAACGCCACCAAUUGGCCACUCCAUGGUGCUUUCGGUCGUUGAGCCCAUAACAACGCUGCUGGGCGGACCGGAAAUGUACAUCAAUAAGGGGAGUACAAUGAACCUGACGUGUAUAAUCAAACACAGUCCGGAGCCGCCUCAAACAAUAACUUGGACUCAUAACUCAAUGGAAAUAAAUUACGACUCGCCCCGUGGCGGUGUCAACGUCAUCACCGAGAAGGGAGAAAUCACCGUUAGUUAUCUUUUGGUUCAAAGGGCCACCGAAUCCGAUUCUGGAAAGUAUACGUGUGACCCAUCCAAUGCGAAUCCUAAAACAAUAAUAGUUCACGUAUUAAAUGGUAAGUAA